GCAAGUUCUUCACAUGCGGCAGUCAACCUCUCAUUCAAACCGAGACGUUUCUUAAUUUGAAAAAGAGUAAUUUAUUUCACACUGAAUCUGACAGUCGUCAAUAGCUUUUUUUUUUUAAUUUUUAACCUAAGGCAGCUUUUUUUUUUGAGGGGGACAUUUCAUCAGUUUAAUUUUUCAUUAUCCCGCGCGCGCUAUCGCACGUUUACUGUCUGUGCGCGCGCUAAUUAGCUUACAGUCUAGCAAAGACUAUUCUUCACGGGACUGACAACUGCAACGUGUGGAUGUACCCCUGCUCAUCUACAAUUACAGUUGCACAAUGGCUGUCUUUUCACUCUGCUUGAUAGCUCAGCACCCAAAGAUCAGCAACAGAUCUAGUAUAAUUACAGGAUAGCAAUAAGCCCUCAAUAUACCUCUGUUUACCAUAAUUGUUUUCUGGUCAGUUCCAGAUAAACCUACUAAGAGUUUGCACUGUUAAAUCUCAGCGAUCCUGUUAAGACAGGUGGGCCUGAAGAGAAGCUAAUUAUUUAUUUUACCUUGUACCUCUUUAUUUUACUAGCUGCUGUCUAAAAAUAGCAUUAUAUAAAUAAAUAUUUUGACAGGCAUUCAUUCCCUUUAAGAUUGUGAAGCAAGUCCUAAAUAGUCUACAAUCAUGGUUUCAACAACUGCAACUGCAAUAAUUCUGGCGAGCCAGACUGCUCUGACAGAUUACAUGUGGCUGCUGAUUAUCGGCUUCAUCAUCGCCUUCAUCUUAGCCUUUUCUGUGGGUGCCAAUGAUGUUGCCAACUCAUUUGGCACAGCUGUCGGCUCUCGAGUGGUCACCUUGCAACAGGCAUGCAUUCUAGCCACAGUGUUUGAGACUCUGGGCUCUGUGCUGCUUGGGGCCAAAGUGAGUGAAACCAUCCGUAAGGGUAUCAUCGACGUGGGCAUGUACAAUGGCUCUGAGCACGUGUUAAUGGCUGGAUCUGUCAGUGCCAUGUUUGGUUCUGCUGUGUGGCAGCUGUUCGCCUCCUUCCUUAAGCUCCCCAUCUCUGGAACACACUGCAUUGUUGGUGCUACUAUUGGCUUCUCACUGGUUGCCAAAGGCCAGCAGGGAGUCAGGUGGUUGGAACUCCUCCGUAUUGUUGGUUCCUGGUUCCUGAGCCCCCUUUUGUCUGGGAUCAUGUCAGCUGUUGUUUUUUACUUUGUGCGGAUGUUCAUCUUACACAAGAAAGACCCUGUACCUAAUGGACUGAAGGCCCUGCCUGUCUUCUAUGCCGUGACCAUGGGAAUCAACCUGUUCUCCAUCAUGUUCACUGGAGCUCCGAUCCUGGGAUUUGACAAGGUCCCUUGGUGGGGCCUUCUGUUAAUCUCCUUGGCUUGCUCUCUGCUGACUGCCAUUGUGGUCUGGUUUAUUGUCUGCCCUCGCCUCAAGAAGAAGAUUGAACGAGAAAUCAAAUCUUCCAGCCCCUCUGAGAGUCCCCUGAUGGAGAAGAUGGAGCCUAGAGAGGCCCACUUUCCAAUCCUGAAACAGACUGCCAGGGAGACAUCUAUGCCCACCACCCCAGCAGUCAAUCAGAAUCUCUCUGCUCAGCCCCAGGCUACUUCUGAGGAGCGCAGGGUGGCGUUUGACAUUGGAGAUUCUGAAGAUGUCGAGAUUAAUAAGGAACGCAAGGUGGCAUUUGAUAUUGGAGAUUCUGAUGACGGCGACUACAGCAAUGCAAAUGGGGCCCCUAAACAGCCACAAUCAAACAGUCAGGUCCAAGUCCACAACCAGCAAGCUCAGCACAGCAGUGGCUCCGCAAAUACUCCCAAUCAGGUCCAGUUCAAUAAUCAGGUCCAGUUCAACAAUAGGCCAGCACAGAUGCCAAGUAACGGUUACAGCCAGUACCACACAGUCCACAAGGAUUCUGGCCUCUACAAGGACCUACUGCACAAACUCCACCUGGCCAAGGUCGGUGACUGCAUGGGCGAGGGGGGUGACCGACCUAUCCGGCGCAACAACAGCUACACCUCCUACACCAUGGCCAUCAUCGGCAUGCAUGGAGACUUCAAGCAUAAAGAAGGCGACUUCCGUGCCAGCGAGGAUGGCGACAAGGGCCCAGGGUCAGGCGGUCAGGACAGGAAGCGUGUGCGUAUGGACAGUUACACCAGCUACUGCAAUGCUGUGGCAGAGCACACGACUCCUGAGGGGCUGGGAGAGGGUGAGGUGACACUAGAAAUGGGGAAGGAGGAUGCAGGUAGCAGCCAAAGUUCUCUGGAUGAUGAUAGACUUGAGGCAGACAAGCCAGAAGUCUCAACUCUCUUCCAGUUCCUGCAAAUUCUAACUGCCUGCUUCGGAUCCUUCGCCCAUGGAGGAAAUGACGUUAGCAAUGCCAUUGGACCGCUGGUAGCUCUGUGGCUGGUUUACACAACCAGCAGCGUGACUUCAAAUGAACCUACACCCAUUUGGCUCCUGCUGUAUGGUGGCGUGGGUAUCUGUGCUGGACUCUGGGUAUGGGGUCGCCGAGUGAUCCAGACCAUGGGCAGGGACCUCACCCCCAUCACCCCCUCAAGUGGUUUCAGCAUUGAACUAGCCUCAGCCCUGACUGUCGUGGUAGCCUCGAACAUUGGCUUGCCUGUCUCCACCACCCACUGCAAGGUGGGCUCAGUGGUUGCAGUAGGAUGGCUGCGUUCAAGGAAGGCAGUAGACUGGCGUCUGUUCAGAAACAUCUUCAUGGCAUGGUUUGUGACUGUGCCCAUCUCUGGCCUGAUCAGCGCUGCCAUUAUGGCCAUCUUCAUCUACGGCAUUCUGUGAACAUUCAGCUGCACCCCAAGCAGGGGAGAAGAAAGAAACCGCUCCAGUGCGCACCAGGAGAAAAGGAGUAAUGUUGGAAGGCCAAAAUAUAUUGCUUACCUCAAGCCAACAACUUUGGAAGAAAAGAAGAAAAAAAAAAAAGAAAUGUUGAAAGGACUUGCGAUAUGGGCCUGUGGUUUUUGGCUGCAUCAUUUUCAGCCUAGAGUUUGCUUCGUUCCAUUAUGGCCACAUUACUUCCAGUGGGAAGCUUGUAUUUCUUUGUUCUAAAUUGCUUUUUCAUAUCAUCAUUCUGUAAAGAGUUCAUCUAAAAGCAUCAAAAAGCAUUUUUUUUCUUCAAAUACUUUCAAUUUUUUUUACUUUGCAAUUAUGUAUAUACCACCAUGAUGUUUUAAUUUUGU